AUGAAGGUGAGUGUUUUAACCACCUUGGAGCGGCGAUUCAACCUCCAGAGUGCUGACGUGGGUGUCAUUGCCAGCAGCUUCGAGAUUGGCAACCUGGCCCUCAUCCUCUUUGUCAGCUACUUCGGAGCCCGAGGACACCGGCCACGCUUGAUAGGAUGUGGAGGAAUAGUCAUGGCCUUGGGUGCCCUCCUUUCUGCCUUGCCUGAAUUUCUGACCCACCAGUACGAAUAUGAAUCAGGAGAAAUACGCUGGGGGGCUGAAGGGAGGGAUGUGUGUGCUGCCAACGGGUCCACCAGUGAUGAGGGACCAGACCCGGACCUUAUCUGCAGGAAUAGGACUGCUACCAACAUGAUGUACUUGCUGCUCAUUGGGGCACAGGUCCUCCUGGGCAUUGGUGCUACCCCUGUCCAGCCCCUGGGAGUUUCCUACAUUGAUGACCACGUCAGGCGGAAAGAUUCCUCUCUGUACAUAGGGAUCCUGUUUACGAUGCUGGUAUUUGGACCAGCCUGUGGAUUUAUCUUGGGCUCCUUCUGUACCAAAAUCUACGUGGAUGCUGUCUUCAUUGACACAAGUAAGCUGGACAUCACCCCAGACGACCCUCGGUGGAUCGGUGCGUGGUGGGGAGGCUUUCUGCUGUGUGGUGCCUUACUCUUCUUCUCGUCCCUGCCGAUGUUCGGGUUCCCGCAGUCCUUGCCCCCGCGGCCGGAGCACGCCGGGGAGAGCGAACAGGCCAUGCUUCCCGAGAGGGACUACGAGAGACCCAAGCCAAGCAACGGGGUUCUGCGGCACGCGCUGGAUGGGGAGAGCAGCACGAGCUGCUUCCAGCAGCUGCGAGUGAUCCCCAAAGUAACUAAGCACUUGCUCUCCAAUCCCGUCUUCACCUGUAUCAUCCUGGCGGCCUGCAUGGAGAUCGCGGUGGUGGCCGGCUUCGCCGCCUUCCUGGGAAAGUACCUGGAGCAGCAGUUCAACCUCACCACCUCAUCUGCCAACCAGCUCCUGGGGAUGACAGCAAUCCCAUGCGCAUGUCUGGGCAUAUUCUUGGGUGGCCUCUUGGUGAAGAAGCUCAGCCUGUCUGCUCUGGGAGCCAUCAGGAUGGCCAUGCUGGUGAACCUGGUGUCCACAGCUUGCUACGUGUCUUUCCUGUUUCUGGGAUGCGACACAGGACCUGUGGCAGGGGUUACUGUUCCCUAUGGAAACAACUCAACUCCAACCUCACCUCUGGACCCGUAUUCCCCCUGCAAUAACAACUGUGAAUGCCAAACUGAUUCCUUCACUCCAGUCUGUGGGGCGGACGGGGUCACGUACUUAUCUGCCUGCUUUGCUGGCUGCAGCAGCACGAACCUCAGUGGCUGUUCAUGCCUCACCUCGGUCCCUGCCGAAAAUGCCACCGUCGUUCCCGGCAAAUGCCCCAGUCCCGGCUGUGAAGAGGCCUUCCUGACAUUCCUCUGCGUGAUGUGCGUUUGCAGCAUGAUUGGGGCCAUGGCGCAGACGCCGUCAGUCAUCAUACUCAUCAGAACCGUGAGCCCCGAACUCAAGUCUUACGCUUUGGGGGUGCUUUUCCUGCUUCUCCGUUUGCUAGGUUUUAUCCCACCUCCGCUGAUCUUUGGGGCUGGAAUUGACUCCACGUGUCUGUUCUGGAGCACGUUCUGUGGCGAGCAAGGAGCCUGCGCGCUGUACGACAACGUGGUCUAUAGAUACCUGUACGUUAGUAUUGCGAUAGCCCUGAAGUCGUUUGCAUUCAUCUUGUAUACAACCACCUGGCAGUGCUUGAGGAAAAACUAUAAAAGAUACAUCAAGAACCACGAAGGUGGUCUCAGCACUAGUGAGUUUUUUGCCUCUACUCUCACCUUAGACAAUCUGGGGCGGGACUCGGUGCCCCAAAAUCAAUCACAUAGGACAAAAUUUAUCUAUAACCUUGAAGAUCACGAGUGGUGUGAAAAUAUGGAGUCUGUUUUAUAG